AUUUUUUACCUGUGCCGAUCUAUUUAUGUUUGUUGUUUAGUAAAUAAUAUUUUAUAAAUAUUGCUAACGCCAGAUUCUAAAUGUACUGUACAUUAUAGUAUAUUACAAGUGCAUGCUAAGAACUUUGCGUACUUUUUCAGGACAGUUAUCUAGAAUGGUUUCGUUGCCGCCUCGUAAGAUUUCCACGUCUGUCGCUUCUUCAAGACAAGAUAUUUCGCCAUAUCAAGUACUAGUACAGAUGGGAUUUCCUAGGAAAAGAGUACUAAAAGCGCUAGCUGCGACCGGUAACCGUAGUGUUCAACUGGCAUCAGAUUGGCUUCUUACUCAUGUAAAUGAUGCUGCACUGGACUCAGAGGAGCCUCGUGAAUAUAUACUAUAUGUCACACCUACUGGACAACUGUUAAGUCAGAUACAGGAAUUCCGAGAGAAGGCAAAAAGUAUUUGUGGAUGGAAUGGUGCACAUAAUGCUCCACCCCAUAUAACAAUAGUCCCGUUUUUUAAAGCAUCAGAUGAGGGAUCUUUAAACCUGGCAGUAGCUGUGAAACAUGCUGUUGAGAAAGUAGGACCACAACCAGCCUGUCCGAUGAAACUAGAAACUUAUGUUUCACCCAAUUUUAUUGGCCUUUUCAUAUCUGAAGAGUAUGCUGAAUAUUUUAAGGCAUUGUCUUUACAAUAUGUAAAAGAAAUUCAAGUUGAAGUGGGAAAACUGUUUAAACAAAGGGCUAUGGCAGGAUUGGAUUGUUCAAAAAAUGUUAUGCCAAUGUCAAAAAAUUUGGAUCCACUGGUCAAAUCGUUACACAUGACGCUUGCAUACCAUUUUGAUAUAUCGGCGUUUGAUUCCCUCAAGUGUUUGGCCAGUCAACUAGAGUUGCCUGAUAUAGCCAACUGGGAGCUACGACUAUAUUCUAGAGAUCCUCGCUAUAAUAAUUAUCAGGUGUAUAAAGUCAACCAAGGCUACACGCCGAAGGCCUCCGAUGAACUUGAACUCGUUAUCGGAGAUUUUAUUUAUAUCGAGGAGUCGCAGUUUGACGGCUCGGCUGACGGCUGGGUGUACGGCACUUCGUGGUUGACAGGUAUCUCAGGUUUUCUCCCGGGCAUCUACGUACAAAGGACAGCAGAGUCGGACGCCUGGACGUUACACCGAGCAGUUUCACUAGGGCACAAGAACUGCGCGGAAUGCAAAUCAUCAGACUCGGAAACGAACACGUACUCGGUGAUGUCGAACUAUCCGCACGAGGACGCGGCGGGGCUCGCGCAGGAGAAGUCGGAGGAGACUUACCAGGAGUGGGAGAAGUACUGGCACGAAGUCCAAAAUGACAGGAGCGAGAGUAUACUGCGCAUCACACAGGGUACAAGUAUAGACUGGAAAUCGAGCGUAGGGCGCGGAAUCGGGGAUUCUGAGAGUUCUGACAGUAUUACAACAAGCACGGGUACGGAUAGUAACAGCCGGCGCUGGGUGUUCGCGAUGCGACACGGCGAGCGUGUGGACCUCACCUACGGCCAGUGGGUCCCAUUCUGCUUCGAUGACAAUGGCACCUACGUCCGCAAGGACCUUAACAUGCCGCUACAUCUGCCGGAGAGGGAGGGUGGCAGCGCGUCGUUCGCGAAGGACACCCCGCUGACGCGCGUGGGGCGGCUGCAGGCGCGGCUGGUGGGGGAGGGGCUGCGGCUGGCGGGCGUGCACGUCGCGCACGUGUACGCCUCCGCCGCGCUGCGCUGCGUCGAGACCGCACACAGCUUCCUAGAAGGUUUACAACCCGAGACUCCGGUGAAGAUAAAAGUUGAGCCCGGUUUGUUUGAGUUCAAACAUUGGUAUAUGCCUGGCGGUAUGGCACCGUUCAUGACACCCAAGGAACUACACAAAGCAGGAUAUAAUGUCGACUUAAAAUACAAGCCGUACGUGGAGGUGGACACAGAAGUAUCAGAGACGUUGGAGCAGUUCUACAAGAGGAACGAGAUGGUGAUACAUUCCGCAGUCAAAGAUACCGCAGCUGAUGGUGGCAAUAUAAUCUUCAUCGGGCACGCGGCAACCCUGGACCUGAUGGUGUACGCGCUGAACCAAUUCGGCAAGAAGCGAGCGGAGUCCGGCUACCAGAUCAGCAAGAACCUGCUGCGAGUGCCGUACUGCGCACUCGGCGCCAUGCGCGACAAGCCCUGGCAGGUCGUCUCCCCUCCCUGCCCACCCUCCAUCAACUCCAGCUCCGGACGCUUCGACUGGAAGAUACUGCUUGAUGUAUAGAUAUAGCUGUUAAUGAACAGUAAGGGUAAUCUGACGGUGUUACACUAUAAGAGCUACAGUUUGAACAAUAACCAAUAGGUUGCAGUUUUUAUGUGUCUGUAUAAAAAAAAAUCGGUCUUUGUUCACGGCAUUUAAUUAUUGUCCCGUUUACGCAACUUACUGCUCUCUAAUUGGUUAUUUGUAAUAAGCGAAGUCUCCUUGUAAGAAACAAGGCCAUUAUUCUGAAAGUGGAACACCGCGUAUUUCCGCGACUGUACAUAUAGCUCUAUAAAUGUGUAUACAAAGCUUCAGAAACUUGUAUAUGCCUUUGGUUUUAUUUAUGCAUG